GACAUUUUGCGCACUAGGCAAACGCCCAUGUUGCCUAUGCCAGGGAACGCCACUGGUCGUACUGACGUGCUGACGAUGACGUCCUUCGUUCCAGUGGUUUGGGAGGGAACCUUCAACCCGGUUCUCCUCGACAGCCUCUACCAGGGGACGAGCCUCACCAUCGCAGCCACUGUGUUUGCCCAGGGAAAGUACAUUAGGUUCCUGAAAAGGUUUCUGGAGACCAUGGAGCAGCACUUCUUCACUGGUUUCAAUGUGCAUGUGUUUGUCUAUACUGACCAGCCAAACGAGGUGCCCCAAGUCAAAAUGGCCAGCGGCAGACAGCUGACGGUGAAAACAGUGCCCACCGUUAACCGUUGGCAGGAUAUCAGUGCCAGUAGGAUGUUUCUGGUCCAGGCCCUAAUAGAUGAUGAGCUUCUUGACUACGCAGACUUCAUCUUCUGUCUGGACGUUGACUCAGAAUUCCAUGGCCAUUGGGGCACGGAGUCAUUGGGAGAUCUGGUCGGUGUGCUCCAUCCAGGUUACUACAAAGCCCACCGCAGCGCACUCCCCUAUGAGCGGCGGCCAAUCUCCAAAGCCUACAUGGCUCCUGAGGAAGGGGACUUCUACUACUGUGGGGGGGCAUUCGGAGGCAACCUGCAGGAAGUACAACGGCUUUCCCAAAACUGCACCAUCAACUUUUGGGAUGAUCGUACAAAAGGCAUCGAGGCAGUCUGGCAGGAGGAGAGUCAUAUUAACAGGUAUAUGUGGCUCAAUAAGCCCAGUAAGAUUCUGUCACCUGAGUACCUGUGGCAAGACUUUGCAGCCCGCGAGCCUGAAAUUCAUAUCAUCAGGUUCUCUGGAGUUGUGAAAAACUACGCAGAGAUCCGACCGAAUGUCUGAGAGAACCCAACUGCACCAUAUGGAAUGUGAAAGUCAGCUAUGUAGUCCUGGUUCAUUUUCUGUAUAGUGUCGAACAGCGCUUAAAGUCAAAAUUAGUAGAUAUGGGGGGUUCAGGGGGGAUAGGGUCCUGGUCUAAACCUGGCGUGGUUUGGCCUCACCUGAUUUUGUUUGGGCUUUCAUCUGUCAGUUUAAAUAAAGUUGAUGACACGUUUCCACUUCCUGAAGCGAGAGUUUCUCAGAUACAAAUGCUGCCAUCUUCUGGUGAUGAUGUAAUUUGCAGUCAGAGUCAGUUCAGUAGUGAUCAUAGUGUCAAGGUCCCGCCCAUUCACACUCAUAACCAAUCCAGAGUCUGUGUCUGCUGUCAAUCACAACGUCAGAUCUUUUUUUUUAUCAUCAAAUAACUAAUUCAACCCAAAAUGAUCAAAAACAUUUUAACAGACAUCAUCAGUUUCUGAAAAUGAGAAAAAGACCAUGUUCCACAAAGACAGGAAGAUGUGUGUGUUCAGACCAUAUAAAGCAAGUAAAACACUCUGAUUAUGAUUGUCUCUCCCUCUCUCUCUCUCUCCCUCUCGCUCUCUCUCUCUCUCUCUGUAUAUCUCUCUGAGCGGAGAGCUGGUGGCGGUAAAUGAAAGGAGUAAGGAAAAAAUACCCAAAACCCCAGGGGGAAAACGUAGAAACCUCAGAGAGAUGUGAGGGAUCCCUCUACCAGGACACACCCUAACGCAGGCAGUGCAGAGACAGAGGUUUGUCCACCGGCAGCCGCGUCCGCUCAUGUGGGGCCCGACGGGAGGCGCGCCUUCCGGGUGGAAGGUGUGGCAGUGUGAGGAGGUGAGAAGAAGGACCCUGCGACUACCCCAGACGCAAUGGUCUCCGAGAUCUGGCAUGCAACAAUGGAAUGAGGCAGAGGAGGGUACAUAUGAAAACAUCAGGGGUGCAGCAACUGAUGAUGUUUGAAGGUCGAUAUUCCUUCUUGUGGUAUCUGACAUAGCAUGAGGAGCAUCCUGCUGAGGAGGGGAUUUUGAGAACAGCUCACAGAGGUCGGCAAGGUCUGUGCACCUUUCUGAAAGUAAAAAGAUCUGACCCCAACAGUCAAUCUGAAGUUCACCUUCUGUGGAUCUGAUUGAUGCCAUCACACACUCAUGUUAAUGCUAUGCACUGAAUGUUGUAAACACAGUAAAGGGUGUGCCAGUAGAGGCAGCUGCUCUGAUGGAAAUUUGCUUUGUUUGGUAGUUAAUAGCAGGUAACUCUAAAAGUAUGAUUUAUAUGAUCUUAGGGUCUACCAGCAGAUGUUAGAGACAUAACUUCAGUUGUGCACCUCAGCGUCAUCGAGUGUUUUGGCCUUGUAAUCAUGAUACAGGGCACCUGAGGCUAAAGGUAAAGCUACUGGCUACUGGCUACCUCUAGGCCCCUUUUUAAACUAAACACUGUCCCAUUUUAGAACAUAGGACAAGAUGGUGAAUAUUUAAUGUACGUUCUGCCGCCUUAAGUAAUGCAACCAGUUGAUGUUAUGGGAUGUUAGUGACAUAUCUUUAGUUGUGUACUUUAGUGUCAUCAGGUGUUUCAACAUCUUAAUCACAACCGGCCCUUCUUCUAAGGCCGCCCCACCACAGGCUGGUCAGACCUGGGUGCGUGUCCCCAGCAUCUUGAUAAGUACUUGACUGUGUACUUUAACUUUGACAUGUGUUUUGAUUUCUGCUCCGUGGAAUGUUUGUGGAGUGAUGUCUAUUCAUUGUUCUGUUUGACUCAUCCUCCUUCGGGUAAACCCACCGUUGUUUCCUCAUAUUUUCAACUUUUACUUGUAAGUGUUUAAUCUUUCUGCCAACCCGAGUUCUUGUCAAAUGUAUACGUGAAUAUUU